GCUCGAUCACCGCGCAUUUCCCAUUAUUUAUAAGUCAAGAAAGCAACGCAGAUAUUUGCACUGAGCUCUGUACCUAAUUCUAGAGAGAGAGAGAGAGAGAGAGAGAGAUGGUGCUGCUGGAGAAGCUGUGGGACGACGUGGUGGCCGGGCCUCAGCCGGACCGUGGCCUCGGGAAGCUGAGGAAGCUCGCCGCCGCCAAGCCUGUUGUCGUCGUUAAAGGUGCAGAAGGGGAAGGGGAGAGUAGCAAGUACCAGAGGUCGAUGUCCAUGCCGGCGAGCCCCGGGACGCCGGCGACCCCGACGACGCCGACGACGCCCUCGACGCCGGCGAGGAAGGAGAACGUGUGGAGGAGCGUGUUCCACCCGGGGAGCAACCUGGCGACGAAGACCAUGGGCGGCCAGCUCUUCGACAAGCCCAUCCCCAACUCCCCCACCGUCUACGACUGGCUCUACAGCGACGACACCAGGAGCAAGCAUCGCUGAGGAACACUCUACUGACCAAACCUCUCAUGGGAUUGUAAAUAGAUCGUGGUUUUGCUUUUCCUUUCCUUGUCGUUUUCUAUCGCUCCUGCUUGAGAGGACGUCUCUUUUAAGCUUUCUUUUUGAAUGGAAAUAUGCUGCGAGUCGCUGUGAUUUCAUACUUUGCAGCCGCUCGGCUGUUGAUCUAAUGGUGAAUCUGAGUUGGUUUAUGAAUAAACUUCAAGUUAUCUGUCA